AUGGGUAAAAAGGGCAAGAAGACGGCCGAGCAUAAGGAACGUGUUGCGGCCAAGCAGACAAAGAAGUCCGCGCAAAAAGAAAAGAGAUCGAAAGCCAAGGGCAAAGAUGCAGACAGUGAUGCUGAAGAUGCCGACCUGGAUGCUAUUCUAGCCCAGUAUGCCGAAGAACAGGCCAAAUUCUUAAAGGUCACUGAAGUCACCUCCGAACCACCAGUUCCACGGUCAUCGGCAACAGUGCUUGCAUCUCCUUCUAACCGAAAUGAACUAUUUCUUUACGGUGGAGAGUACUUCGAUGGAACACAUGCUACUUUCUUCAACAAUCUUUUCGUCUACUUGAUUGACCGUGGCGAUUGGAGAGAAGUGACCAGUCCCAACACUCCUCUCCCUCGAAGUGGACAUGCAUGGUGCCGUGGAGGAAACACCGGAGGCAUCUAUAUGUUUGGAGGAGAGUUCUCGUCCCCCAAGCAGGGUACAUUCUACCAUUAUAACGACUUCUGGCAUUUAGACACAACCUCUCGGGAAUGGACCCGACUCGAGACCAAGGGCAAAAGUCCUCCUGCUCGAAGUGGCCACCGCAUGACAUAUUUCAAGAACUACAUCAUCCUGUUUGGUGGAUUCCAGGAUACUUCCCAACAGACCAAGUAUCUGCAAGAUCUCUGGAUCUAUGAUUGCAACCAGUACACCUGGUCCAACCCUAUGCCAGCCCUUUCAUCCCAAAAGCCUGAUCCUCGCUCUUCAUUCUCCUUACUUCCACAUGAGACCGGUGCCGUACUAUAUGGUGGGUACUCGCGAGUGAAAGCAGCUGCGGGUGGCGGCAAGCAAGGCAAGGGUGGCCCACAGAAGAUGGCUCUCCGGCCCAUGGUCCACCAGGAUACUUGGUUCUUGAGGAUCACACCUCCUGCAUCCGAGGCCCCAUCCUCAGCAGGGCCUGCAAUCAGAUGGGAGCGUCGAAAGAAGCCUGCCAAUACACCAAACCCACCGCGUGUCGGCACAACCAUGGCAUACCACAAGGGUCGUGGUAUCAUGUUCGGUGGUGUGCAUGAUGUGGAGUUGACUGAAGAGGGCAUUGACAGCGAGUUCUUCGAUACUCUAUUCGCUUGGAACACCGACAGAAACCGAUUCUUCCCCCUGAGCUUGCGACGCCCUCGCGCGCCCGGCAAGAAGCAACAGGCAAACCAGUAUGCCAAGUCCAAGAACAGAGGCAAAGCAGACGAGGAGGAGCUUUUGGCAAAUCUCAAGGCUUUGGAAGCUAAGGUUGGCAUUCGGGAUGAAGAUGAUGAUGAGGACAUGCAAACCACACCCCAGCCCGAAGAGCCUGAAGAGCCUACAAAGCCUUCGGUUGUUCGGUUCGAGAUGCCUCAUCGACGUUUCAACGCCCAACUUGCUGUGCAGGAUGAUACACUUUUCAUCUUUGGUGGUACAUUUGAGAAGGGUGACCGAGAGUUCACCUUUGACGAUAUGUAUUCCAUUGAUCUAGUCAAGCUAGACGGCGUCAAAGAGCUUUUCUACCGCGAGCCCGAGAACUGGAACCUACUCAACGAAGCCGACGACAGCGAUGAAGACAUGGAUGAUGAGGACGAUGAUGAAAUGGACGAAGACGAGGAUGAGGCUGAUGCCGAGGCAAUGUCUCUUGAUACUGUUUCACCUGCCCAAAAAGAUACAACUGUGCCAUCUGUGACCAAGGAACUGGAGCAGCUCGACGUUGAGGAGCCAGAGGAGCAAAACGUCAAUGACAGCAGACCUCUUCCUCGACCAUUUGAGAGUCUCCGUGAGUUCUUCAGUCGCACUUCUGAAGAUUGGCAGAAUAUCAUGAUGGGCAUCGCCGAAGGAAGAGACAACGCCAGCGAGAAGACAAUCAAGGAGCUCCGCAAGGCGGCGUUUUCCAUGGCCGAAGAAAGAUGGUGGGAUAGCCGUGAGGAAAUCAUGGCCCUGGAAGAUGAGCAAGAGGCUGCGGGUAUUGGUGAGGUCGUCAGCAUAUCUGACCGUACUGAGAACAUGGGAGGGGCCGGUCGUCGCCGCUGA